AUGCUCGAUCCCGUCAAUGAUGCUGGUGCUCGUCUCUACAAUAAGGCCCUGCGGCUUGCAGCCCCGACGCCAGUGAACCUGCCGCCGACCCCAGUGACCCCCGCGUCGGCUGCCACCCCGGUCCCGCUGUCAAAGCUGCCGUCGGCCGCGCCCGCGGUCGCACCGGCCAAGCCCCCGCGGGCGACGCCUCCCCCUAUCGUGACGCCACCUCCCUCCAUGCCGCCCGCGGUGCUCCUGCUCGCCGCGACGCCUCCGCCAACAGCCACGCCCCCAACCGAGGCGCCCGCGACGCUGCUGCCGGCUGAGGCGUCGUCCAAGGGCAAGAACAAAGCACAAGAGGAGGAGGAAGCAGCACAGCAAGAAGGAGGCCCCCACGGAGGCGCCGCGGCCGCUGAGCCCACCGGUGCCCGCCGCGCCGUCGCCCGCUGA